GCUGGCUCGUUAGCAGCGAGGAGUUUCUUUCCCAACAGAAGCUCCUGCCGGAGCACGUCGAGGCGUGCGCGAAGGUCUCCGGGUUUGCUUUAAAUAAAAGAUGGACUGGAGUGGAAAACAUAAUGGGCCAAAUGAUACAACUAAUGAUGGAACAGUGGUACGACUUCGAGGCCUGCCAUUUGGUUGCAGCAAAGAAGAGAUUGUUCAGUUUUUCCAAGGGUUGGAAAUCGUGCCAAAUGGGAUAACAUUGACGCUGGACUACCAGGGGAGAAGCACAGGGGAGGCCUUCGUGCAGUUUGCUUCAAAGGAGAUAGCAGAAAAUGCUCUGGGGAAACACAAGGAAAGAAUAGGGCACAGAUAUAUUGAAAUCUUCAAAAGUAGUAAGAGCGAGAUCAGAGGAUUCAGUGACAUGCCAAGAAGAAUGAUGGGACAACAACGGCCUGGACCAUACGAUAGACCAUUAGGAGGAAGAGGGGGUUAUUAUGGAGCUGGGCGUGGAAGUAUGUAUGACAGAAUGCGUCGAGGAGGUGGUGGAUAUGACGGUGGAUAUGGUGGCUUUGAUGAUUAUGGUGGCUAUAAUAACUAUGGCUAUGGAAACGAUGGCUAUGAUGACAGAAUGAGGGAUGGGAGAGGCAUGGGGGGACAUGGCUAUGGGGGAGCUGGAGAAGCAGGCUCAGGUUUCCAUGGUGGCGGUCACUUUGUUCACAUGAGAGGACUGCCUUUUCGAGCAACAGAAAAUGAUAUUGCUAAUUUUUUCUCACCACUGAACCCUAUAAGAGUUCACAUUGAUAUUGGAGCAGAUGGAAGAGCCACUGGAGAGGCAGAUGUGGAAUUUGUAACACAUGAGGAUGCAGUAGCUGCCAUGUCUAAGGAUAAAAAUCACAUGCAACAUCGAUAUAUUGAACUGUUCCUGAAUUCAACUGCUGGAGGUGGUUCUGGCAUGGGAGGCUAUGGCAGAGAUGGAAUGGAUCAAGGUUAUGGCCCUGUGGGUAGAAUGGGAAUAGGUACCAAUUACAGUGGAGGAUAUGGAACUCCUGAUGGCCUGGGUGGAUAUAGUAUGUAUGCGUGACCUUGUGUCAAUUGUUUGCAGGUCGUGGCACUGGAAAUACUGGAGGAUACUAUGGGCAAGGCACUAUGGGUGGAGGAGGAUGGCGUGGAAUGUAUUGAAGGGUAGCCUUGCUUCUACAAAACAUCCUGGAAGAAACAGUCUCUGGUCUACUAGACUUUCUUACAAAAUUUAAUUUCUUUUGUAUUUUAAGAACUUUAUAAUGACUGAAGGAAUGUGUUUUCACAAUAUUAUUUGGUAAGCAACAGAUUGUGAUGGGAAAAUCUGUUUUCUGUAGGUUUUAUUUGUUGCAUACUCUGACUUUAAAUAAAUUUUUAUAUUCAAACCACUGAUGUUGAUACUUUUUAUACUAGUUACUCCUAAGGAUGUAUUACGUAUUCAAGACUACAGUCGGUUUAAGAUGUUGUACUGUGGUUCAAUAAAGGUGGUUGUACUGUGA